AUCAUUUACCGUAUACUUAUUGAAAAAUUACUGUUAAAUGAAAUGCAUGUGGCGGCUGUCUCUCUCUUUCGCGUAUUUUUUUCCUUACUCGUAAAGGUUAGAGGAAAAAUGACGAUGCAGAUUUGGACGUGCAGCAUUAUAAUUUAUCAGAAUAAUAAUUAUUUACUAGUAUUAAAUUCACAGUUUUAAUAUAUUUUUCUAUUUGUUUUAUGAAAUUUACCAAAUUAUAUAUAGCUAUUGAUUUGACUUCAGUUAAACUCUACCAUGCUACCUUAACUGUUCGGAGAGAUGUUUAAAUUUGUGAAUUGCCAAAAGGUUGCCUGAAAACAGACAGAGCUCGAGCUCACAAAGUCAAGCUAGACGUGAAUCAAACUCCUGCACAGUAAACGAAGUCUCGUGCGCGAAGAAGCAUGCGGGUGCAGGCGGUCAGCUCGCCGUAGGCUGAUGAAAUUCGCUAGGAUGAUGUCACGAGCUGGUUGCGGAUUCUUUUACAUUUGUUACCCGGUAAUUAGGAUUCAUUCAGGCCGUUCUUGAGAGAUCAAAGUCGGAUCGUGUGUCACGAGCGGAUGAAGAUAGAAGAAGACGCACCAUUAUCGUGGAAAAGAAGAAUGGCACGUACGGUUUCACCUUACAGAGUUAUGGAAUACACUACAAGCGAGAGCAGGAAAUUGAGAUGGUUACCUACGUUGAUUAUGUCGAAUACGAUGGACCUGCAUUUAAGGCAGGUAUGCGAGAGGGUGACGUAAUACUCUCAAUAAAUGGACACGAAAUGGACAGAGCCGAUCACAAGACCCUGGUGAAUUUUAUAAAGAAUUGUGAUGCCAGAAUGCGAAUGGUAGUGUCAUUUGAGGAUUGCGUGAGAAAGGUGGAACUUCAUAUGAGAUACAUAGAACUUCAGCGAGCUUUACAGUCGCGUUUAGGCGAAUUGGAACGAUUAUGCGAACGGGAACGAUCUAUUUUAAUGGGUCGAUGGAAGACUCAUUCGCUACCAGCAAGAAAGAGAACGCCUAAUAGUAUUGCUAUGAGUAAUCCUAGUCAACCUUCGCCAUCAUCCAGCUUCACCUCUGCAGCAGUUCAAUGCUGUCGACCUGCAACGUCCACAGAACAUCUUCUCCUGUAUAGCGUGUAUGCCGAUGGCCGACCAUGUCUCAUUCCUCGAAGUGCUGCAUGCUUAGUAGCUGUAGGACCACCCAGGUCUCGUAGCGAUCACCAUCAUUUCCUCUCGAAGACACCUAGUGAAUUAACUACAUCCUCUCGACACAGUUACCAUCAAGCAAACGGAAUGGCAACACCGGCUAAAACAAAAUCACACAAAUCAGGCCAACAAGCUUGUGUUAUUAACAGCGAUGCACAAACCCUUCAUCCAACCUCGAACAAUAGUCUAUGCGUGGCUUGUAUCUCCAGUGCUAGUCGUCGAAGAGAGCCUGCAGCCGACGGUGGUAGUUUAGAAGCUUAUGAUCUUGCAAGUCCUUGCUGUGAUCCUAAUUGUGUGCCCAGCAGAAGACGUAGAGAGAAACAACGUCGUGCUCGUAAUGAGCAAAAUUUUCAGCAGCAGCAGCAACAACAGCAACAACAACAGCAGAAGCAACAACAUCAGCUUCAACAUCGUCAUAUCCAGGCUCAACGGGAGCAACAACAAUCGCAACAACAUGGUACACACAGUUGUCCACGAGCAUCUGGACAUAGUUUGCAUUCUAUUACUAGUAGUGAAAUUUCUACGGCUGCUGAUAGCGUCGCAUCCUGCUCUACCUCAUUGAGCACAGACACUUUGUAUUGGGACCCAAAUGUUCAUCAACGACCACCACCCUGUCUUCAAUACGCAAAGCCUAAAUCGUGGGAUAAUUUAACGACUAAGGCAUUUGGUGGAUAUGGAUUUGGAUAUGGAUAUUUAGAUACUGGAGCUAUCAAGACUCAUAGUGCCGAACGACCGCCGAAAAAUCCCCAUGGCCGUGCAAAAACGCCAACUGGUACUACUCAAAGAAGAACCGGAGCUUCUGGAGUUUAUUCGUCAACAUCGAGCAGGCAUUUUCAACCGACCAAAUCUACUGAAAGUUUACUUAUUCCGGCACCUUACCUAGGUGAAUUAGAUGCUACUUUGAGUUGCGAAUGUUUGGAUGGCCCGAAUCCUAGAUUUAUGACUGUUCAGUUAGAGAAGCAUAAACGGCAGGAUGAUGGAAAUUACGCAAGCACCAGUGGAACUCAUUCGCAAGUUAGACAUCGCAGGGCUAGUCACUCGGAAGGGAAACUAAGGGCUAUAAAUAAUUCUGAAGUCACACGAUUAUGAAAUGUUUCUGGAGUGUCUUCUUAUAUUGAAUAGCUUAAUAUACUCAACAAUAAGAGAAACAUGUGUAUGGAAAUUCUUGUACGAGUGACUGUCAUGAAUGGUUUAACUUUGUCCGCAGUGUAGCAGAAUUUAUUCCAUAUCGUUCUGUUCCCGUUAUCCUUCGUUUUGCUUCUGCAUUAGUAUUACAUAUCGAAAAGUUAUCUUGAAAUGCCAAAAAUGUUGUAGUUCGGCCCAAAUGAGAUAUUUUAUGUAUAAUUGUAUGUCUGCUUUGCAAUUGUACAUGUAUUUCGAAUACAAUUGAUACAUUUUA